CCCACCACCAUCCCCAGCACCACACGAAUCCCAUUUUCCGAACUCGGCCUAUCCUCGAAAAUCAACACCCGCCUAGCCACACAGAACUAUACCGCCGCCUUUGCCGUGCAAUCCGCCGUUCUCCCCGCACUGUUAAAAGAUGCGCAGAGUUUGGUGCAAGGUGUGAAGGAGGAUUUGUGCGUGAGUGCUCAGACGGGAAGUGGAAAGACGUUGGCGUACACGAUUCCGAUUGUGGAGGCGUUGUCUACUAGGGUCGUUACGAGGCUGCGGUGUUUGAUUGUUUUACCGACCCGCGAGUUGGUGACCCAAGUCCGCGAAACAUUCGAGCAGAUCGCCGGAGGCUCUGGCCUGAAAAUUGGAACAUCCACCGGCCAGCGCUCCUUCGCGAACGAACAGACCAUGCUCUGCGGCCAACCCACCGACAAACCUCUACGUGGCGGCAAAAGUCUCGUCGACAUCCUAAUCUGCACUCCCGGUCGUUUGGUCGACCACAUCCAACAAACGCCAAACUUCACCCUCCAACACCUCCGCUGGCUCGUCGUCGACGAAGCCGAUCGUCUCCUCAACCAAUCUUUCCAGGAGUGGGCGGAUGUGGUGAUGAACGAAAUCGAUAACCCCGCAAACCUUCUCUCACCAGAGGAGGAGGAGAGGGGGAGUGAUGCGGUUAGUGGGGGUGUGGGGAGGGCGGGUGAGGGGUGGAUCAGCGCGUGUCAGAAAUGUAUUUUCUCGGCAACGUUGAGUAGGAAUCCGGGGAAGAUCGCGUCUCUUCGUCUGCGGAGGCCGCGGUUGAUUAUGGUCCAUGACCCAGCGGCACCUACCGAAGAGGGUACGGCUGCUGAGGAUGGGGCCGCUGGUGAGGAGAUGGAUGGCGACGACGACGAUGACGAGCCAAAGACUUUCUCCGUCCCGGCUGGGUUGACGGAACAUGCGCUCAUCAGUGGCCCGGAGAAACCGUUGUUUUUGGUACAGUUGAUUAAAGAGAAGGGGAUUAAGGGUGCAUUCGUAUUCACCAAAUCCAACGAAUCUGCGGCACGUUUGGCGCGGUUGUUGGUUCUCAUGGAUCCCCUGCAAGCCGAUAAAGUGGGACUGUACUCCGGUGAAGUCUCCAAAGACGAACGAAAGAAAACCCUCACUGCAUUUAAGAAAGGCACGAUCGAGAUCCUCGUCUGUUCCGACCUUUUGGCGCGUGGUUUGGACUUACCAAGCGUCCCACACAUCAUAAACUACGACCCACCCCCCAGCACCCGCCAAUACAUCCACCGCGUCGGCCGAACAGCGCGUGCUGGGACCUCGGGAGACGCCUGGUCUCUCAUUCUCCCACACGAAGCCCGGUUUUUCUGGAAGAUGGUGAGGAGUGUG